AUGAUUAGCCCUAAAAGUAAAAAACAGUGGUACCCAUCUCAAACUUUAGACACGAUUCCAAUGCCUAGUGUUAAAAGCCUAACAAAAAUAAAAUAUGAACCUGGUAAAAGGGGAGUUCGAAGAGUGGCUGUAUUGAAUAAAAUAUUUAUGAAAUAUAUAACAGAUAUUAUGUCUACUGGUACAGUAGCAAUGAAUAUUGUUGGAAAAGGCAUUGAAAUAUCAAAGGUAAGAGUGACUCCAGAUUUCCUAACAGUAAAUGUUUUUUGGGUAUGCAAAGGUGACUCUACAGAUGAAGAAACAGAGAGCUUGCUUAACUCGGUAGCAGGGGCACUACGCCAUGAGUUGUCUACGCUCAGAGUUAUGGGGGAAGUGCCUUAUAUUGUAUUUGUUAAAGACAGGCAAGAGGCGCAAGUAGCGGACCUGCAACGCCGAUUAGCCAAAGCAGACUACGGCGAGGACUACACUCCUACUGAAAUGGGUCAUUUGCUGAAAACUGAGUUCACUUUAGACACGAAGCUGUCUCCUGAAAUGAAGGCGAAAAUCUCUCAACUAGAAGAUGAUCUCCCCAUUUCAGAAGAUCCGAUACCAGAAAUGACGCACAACGUAUAUGGUUUAGAUCAUGCAUCGAUUUUGAGUAGGCUUCUGGCUGCAAGAAGAAAGAGUAAGGAUGCCUGGAGUAGUCUCAAGGCAGAGUGUCCAGUGAUAUCUUAUAGGGCUCCUUUAUCAAAAGAGUCGGAGGUCGACACUGGCAAGCAGAAACAAGAAUUAGCUGAAUUUCUACUCAAGAGACAGAUCCUCCAGAACAAACUGCGCAAACAGAAACGUGAUUCCAGAGAAUGGGUAGAAACUAAUGAACAGAACGCCGACGAUGUAAAUGACGAAUACCAAGAAUUUGAGGAUGAAUAUUACGAAGAUUACGACGACCCAUACUACGUAGAUGAAAUUCAAUUCCCUAAGAAUGGAAAACCUAAUUCAAGUGAUUAA